CCCCCGAGGCCCUUUGCCCGUGGCGUUGGCCGCCAACGUCCCGGCGUGGGCGGCUCUCCCGCGGGGAGAGCCUCUCCUCAGGACCAUGUCCAGGCCGAGUAGCGUCUCUCCGCGCCCCCCAGCUCCUGGAGGAGCCGGCGGCGGGGGCGGCGGCGGGGGCGGCCGGGCCAAGGGGCUGAAGGACAUUCGUAUCGAUGAGGAGGUGAAGAUCUCAGUCAAUAUCGCCCUGGAGCGAUUCCGAUACGGGGAACAGAGAGAAAUGGAAUUUCCUUCCUCUUUGACCAGUACUGAAAGAGCUUUUAUUCAUCGAUUGAGUCAGUCUCUUGGUUUGGUCUCAAAAAGUAAAGGAAAGGGAGCAAAUAGAUACCUAACUGUGAAGAAGAAAGAUGGAUCAGAAACAGCUCAUGCAAUGAUGACCUGUAAUUUGACUCAUAAUACAAAACAUGCUGUCAGGAGCUUAAUUCAAAGAUUUCCUGUCACCAAUAAAGAGCGUACUGAACUUCUGCCUAAAACAGAAAGAGGAAAUGUAUUUGCAGUUGAAGCUGAAAAUCGGGAAAUGAGCAAGACAAGUGGGCGACUCAACAAUGGUAUACCUCAGAUCCCAGUGAAAAGAGGAGAAUCUGAAUUUGAUUCUUUCAGGCAGUCUCUGCCAGUGUUUGAGAAACAAGAAGAAAUUGUUAAAAUCAUUAAAGAGAAUAAAGUAGUUUUGAUUGUGGGAGAAACUGGGUCUGGAAAGACUACGCAGAUUCCUCAAUUUCUUUUAGAUGAUUGCUUCAAAAAUGGUAUACCUUGCCGCAUAUUUUGUACUCAGCCAAGGAGAUUGGCAGCAAUUGCUGUGGCUGAAAGAGUUGCUGCAGAGAGAAGAGAAAGAAUUGGUCAGACUAUUGGGUAUCAGAUUCGAUUAGAAAGCAGGGUUUCUCCAAAGACACUUUUGACAUUUUGCACUAAUGGAGUAUUGCUUCGAACUUUAAUGGCAGGAGAUAGUACGUUGUCAACUGUGACACAUGUUAUUGUGGAUGAAGUACAUGAAAGGGAUCGAUUUAGUGAUUUUUUACUUACAAAGCUGAGGGAUUUGUUACAAAAGCACCCAACUUUGAAAUUAAUUCUUUCUAGUGCUGCAUUGGAUGUAAAUCUCUUUAUAAGAUAUUUUGGAAGUUGUCCAGUGAUACAUAUACAAGGAAGACCAUUUGAAGUAAAAGAAAUGUUUUUGGAAGAUAUUUUAAGAACUACCGGAUAUACAAAUAAGGAAAUGUUAAAGUACAAAAAGGAAAAACAACGAGAGCCCUUGGUUGUCCAGACCGAAAAAGAUGUGAAUUGCCUUGAACCUUGGUUAAUAAAGGAAAUGGAUGCUUGUCUUUCUGACAUAUGGCUUCAUAAAGAUGUUGAUGCUUUCGGUCAGGUCUUUCACCUUAUUUUAACAGAAAAUGUUAGUGUUGAUUACAGGCACAGUGAAACAAGUGCGACGGCGCUGAUGGUUGCUGCAGGACGUGGUUUCACAAGUCAAAUAGAGCAGUUAAUUAGUAUGGGAGCCAAUGUCCACAGUAAAGCUUCAAAUGGCUGGAUGGCUUUAGACUGGGCUAAACACUUUGGACAAACUGAAAUUGUGGAUCUUCUGGAAUCUUACAGUGCUUCAUUGGAAUUUGGAAAUUUAGAUGAAAGUUCUUUGGUUCAGACAAAUGGAAAUGACCUCAGUAAUGAAGACAGAGAGCUCCUGAAAGCUUAUCACCAUAGUUUUGAUGAUGAAAAAGUCGAUUUGGAUUUAAUCAUGCAUCUUCUAUACAAUAUCUGCCAUAGCUGUGAUGCUGGUGCAAUAUUAAUUUUCCUACCUGGAUAUGAUGAAAUUGUUGGAUUGAGGGAUCGCAUCCUGUUUGAUGAUAAGCGAUUUGCUGACAAUACACAAAGAUAUCAAGUCUUUAUGCUUCAUUCAAAUAUGCAAACAUCUGAUCAGAAGAAAGUAUUAAAAAAUCCACCUGCAGGUGUUCGAAAAAUAAUUCUUUCUACCAAUAUUGCUGAGACCAGCAUCACAGUCAAUGAUGUUGUCUUUGUUAUUGAUGCUGGUAAGAUGAAAGAGAAGUCCUUUGAUGCACUGAAUUCCGUUACAAUGUUAAAAAUGGUGUGGAUUUCCAAAGCUAGUGCCAUACAACGAAAGGGCAGGGCGGGACGAUGUCGACCUGGAAUCUGUUUCCGUCUGUUCAGUAGACUCCGAUUCCAGAAUAUGUUGGAAUUUCAGACUCCAGAACUAUUGAGAAUGCCAUUGCAGGAACUGUGUUUGCAUACCAAGCUCUUAGCCCCAAUUAAUUGUCCCAUAGCUGAUUUCCUUAUGAAAGCUCCUGAACCUCCACCGGCUUUAAUAGUAAGAAAUGCUGUGCAGAUGCUUAAGACCAUAGAUGCAAUGGAUGCCUGGGAAGAUUUGACUGAACUUGGGUAUCAUUUGGCUGACCUGCCAGUAGAACCACAUCUUGGUAAAAUGGUCCUGUGUGCUGUUGUUUUAAAGUGUUUGGACCCCAUCCUUACUAUUGCCUGCACAUUAGCCUAUCGAGACCCAUUUGUACUGCCAACACAGGCCUCUCAAAAACGCGCAGCUAUGGUUUGUAGGAAACGUUUCACUGCAGGAACUUUCAGUGACCACAUGGCACUUCUCAGGGCAUUCCAGGCAUGGCAGAAGGCUCGAAGUGAUGGGUGGGAGAGAGCCUUUUGUGAAAAGAAUUUUCUUUCACAAGCUACGAUGGAAAUAAUCAUAGGCAUGCGAACUCAGUUACUUGGUCAACUCAGAGCAUCAGGUUUUGUUAGAGCGCGAGGUGGUGGUGACAUUCGAGAUGUUAACACAAACUCUGAGAACUGGGCUGUUGUUAAAGCUGCUUUGGUGGCAGGCAUGUAUCCUCAUUUAGUGCACGUGGACAGAGAGAAUGUAGUAUUGACAGGGCCAAAGGAGAAAAAAGUACGCUUUCAUCCCACAUCGGUUCUCAGUCAGCCUCAAUAUAAAAAGAUUCCUCCAGCAAAUGGUCAAGCUGCAGCAAUUCAGGCACUGCCCACAGAUUGGCUUAUUUAUGAUGAAAUGACCAGAGCCCAUAGGAUAGCUAAUAUUAGAUGUUGCUCGGCAGUGACACCUGUCACUGUGUUGGUAUUCUGUGGACCAGCUAGGUUGCCAAGCAAUGCUCUUCAGGAGCCCUCUUCCUUUAGAGCAGAUGGUGUUCCUAAUGAUAGUAGUGAUAGUGAAAUGGAAGAUAGAACUACUGCUAAUUUAGCAACUUUGAAACUGGAUGAGUGGCUCAGUUUUAAACUGGAUCCAGAGGCAGCCAGCUUACUGCUACAGCUUAGACAAAAGUGGCACAGCUUAUUCUUACGUCGAAUGAGAGCUCCAUCUAAACCUUGGUCUCAAGUUGACGAAGCCACGAUAAGAACAAUUAUUGCUGUUUUAAGCACUGAAGAGCAGUCAGCAGGCUUACAACAGCCAUCUGGGAUUGGCCAAAGACCAAGACCUAUGUCUUCAGAAGAACUUCCUUUGGCUUCCUCUUGGAGGUCAAAUAAUAGCAGAAAAAGUUCAGCAGAUGCUGAAUUUUCUGAAGAGUCUACGGCUGUGGAAAGAGUUUUAAUGAAGUCUCCAUCUCCAGCAUCCCACCCACCUCAGAAGUACAAAGAUAGAGGGAUUUUACAUCCUAAACGAAACACCGAUGACCGAUCAGAUCAAUCUUCUGUGAAAUCUACAGAUAGCAACAGCUACCCAAGUCCUUGUGCCAGUCCUUCUCCGCCAUCCUCAGGAAAGGGGUCAAAAUCUCCUUCACCAAGACCAAACAUGCCUAUUCGAUACUUCAUAAUGAAGAGUAGCAAUUUGAGAAACCUUGAGAUUUCUCAACAGAAGGGUAUCUGGUCUACAACCCCUAGUAAUGAGCGGAAGCUAAACCGAGCCUUUUGGGAAAGCAGCAUGGUUUACUUGGUAUUUUCUGUUCAAGGAUCUGGACAUUUCCAGGGAUUUUCUAGGAUGUCUUCUGAGAUAGGAAGGGAGAAGAGUCAGGAUUGGGGCUCAGCUGGACUAGGAGGAGUGUUUAAAGUGGAAUGGAUCCGAAAAGAAAGUCUUCCCUUUCAGUUUGCACAUCAUUUGCUUAAUCCCUGGAAUGACAAUAAGAAAGUCCAGAUAAGCAGAGAUGGACAGGAACUAGAACCUCAGGUUGGUGAACAGUUGCUGCAGUUAUGGGAACGCCUUCCAUUGGGAGAAAAAACCACAACAGAUUGACAUUCGGGUUACAGAAUAUUUUACUCUAUGUACUGGUGGUGUAUAUGAUCACUAAGCACAUCUUCAGAUUAUUUAUGUUGUCUUUCCCGCCCCCGCCCCCGCCCCCAGACCUUUUCGCUGCUGAAGAGCAUCAUGCCAUUUAGAACCACUGAGUGCACUGACGUGUGAAAUCUGAGAUGAAGUUACGUGUUACAAAUGGGCUUGUUAGUUUAGAAUGUUUUAGAGCUACUCGUCUUAAUUUAUAAAAGGAUAAUUUUAAUUUUUAUAGUGCCCACAGUGAGUUAUCACUUAGUAGUGUUUAUAAUUGUAGGCUUUUCAUUGAAUAAAAUAGUAGUUUCAUUAUCAACAUAGAACAGCUUUAUUUUAAACAUACUUAGUUCAAAAUUAAGCAUUUCAUUUUUUAAAAAUACUGACUUGUAACUCUUACUAAGUUCUUUUUUUUAUAAACCUGAACCAUAUAAUUACAUUUAAACACAGUUUUAUAACACUCAUCUCUUAAGAUAUAUCAUUAAAAACAAAAGGGAAGACAACUAAAUUCUAAAAUUUUACUUUACAAAAUAGUACAUGGCGAUAAGGGCUAUUCAUUUUUUUCAAUAUUGAUCCGAGAUCCAGUAAGGGAAAGAGGAGAGAUGUUCUUUUUCAACAAUUAUGAAUUGCAGUGAAAUCUGAAAAAGGUAGAGAGUUCGUCCCUGCUAUUGAUCAGAUCAAAUUCAGCAUUCAGUUUUAUUCCUGGUCUUGUUUCAUUUAACCUGUUAUGUACAUACCCUUUCCUCUUCUCACUUCAGCCUUCACGUGUCUCUUAUAUGAGUACAGUAAUUAUGACCUCUGUUUUGGGGGCAGGGAAAUUUGAUUUAGAUAAGUUUAAAAAGUGCUCAGUAAUUACUCAAUAAAGUGCUCAAUAAUAAGCAAGCUUGAUUGCUGUCUGUCUUCCAAACUAAAGCCUGCAAGCAGCACCAUUGUAAAUGCCUUCUUUCACUUUUCUUUUCAGUAGUUUUCUCUUAUGUUGUUGGAGUGGAUUUUCUUCAUUGCCUUUAUGGCUUAGUAAAUGGGGAAUAUUUUUUGUAAAUCUUUGCUAAUACCAACUCUCAUAUUUCUUUACCUUCUCAGAAUUAUUUGAUUUUGUGUGUGUACUGUCACUGUCUACAAAGUUUCUAUAAGGAGUUUUUGAAGAGCAAAGUACAAAUACCGGAAUAUGAAAGAAAUGUCUUAGUAACUGAGUUCUAAAUACAACAGAUUUGGUAGUAUUUUACGUGCUCAAUUUGGGUCAUUGUUUAAAAACAAUUGUGAGCCUUCCUUAAAGACAAAAAGGAAAAUUCUAAGUCCUCCAAUUCUGUGUUUGAGAACAAAGAAUCACGCGUCAGCAUAAAAUCUCGAGUGUUCUACUUUCUCUGGGAAAGUAUUAUAUGCUGGUGCGUUUGUUGACAAUACUAACUGAUUUUAGUCUAUAUUUAUGGUUAAUUAGAUUUUGAAACACAUCUAUAAAUUAAGCCUAUCUGAAUUAUGUUACACUGUGUGCUGAGUAUUAUUACAGUUUUUUUGGUUAGAACUUAUGUCUUCUUGAUAAUGUAUGCAUUGUUUAGGUAUGUAUUUAAUAGUUCCCAGUGUUCUACCUUUAAAAGCAAGGAUUUUUACAAAAUAAAAGUUCUUUUAAUUUUCAUCUGUUUUCUAGUAUCUGGCUCUGUAUGUAAAUGACAGGUUUGUUGGUAUUUUGAAUGAAUACAAUUUGAAUGUAAUAAAAAUGCUGUUUUUGAAAGAUGAAAUUUAAGUAUACUUAUUAAAUAAAAUUUUAUUGAAAUAU